CUGUGGUUGCGUUACCUAUAUAACUUGCAAGUGACCAAGUUUGCUGUUUGUAACCGUUCACACACUAGCCGAAGCACGCGGCGCGCGAUUUCAAACAAAUCAAAAGAAACAAUCAACAUGUUGGCAUCAUACGUAGUCCUUGCUGCAUCCCUGGUGGUGGCCGCCAAUGCCUACUCCAGUGGAGCUCCCGAGAGCGUCUGCGGUGACAUGGUACCUAAGCACCCGGUGCCACGCCAGUCCUCCCCACCACCAUACAAAAUCACUACUAGCACCCAGGCAGCGAAAGCCGGCGCUCCUUUGGAGGUAGUGAUCAGCGGUAACGGACCCACCGACACCAUCCGUGGUCUCCUCGUGCAGGCCCGCGCAGGAGACAAGCCUAUCGGCAAGUUCACCCUGAAGCCUAACGACCCCUUCGCACAGCUGCUCAACUGCGGUGAACCUGGUAACGCCGUGACCCACAAGAAGCACGAUGAGAAAUUCGACAAACAGACUGUUGCCUUCACAUGGACUCCUCCUGCUGGAUUCAACGGAGAAGUCAAGAUCAGAGCAACCAUCGCCCUGAACGGAGCCGUAUUCUGGGUGGGCGUCGAAUCAGCCCCCAUCAAAGUAUCCAGCUAAUUUAUUUAAUUAAGUCCCAAGAGUAUUAUUAUUUUGUAAUUUAUACCUUUCUCACAUUUCUUGUGUAUGUGUUUGUCUUCUAUUUUGACAGUAGAUAUUUCAAAACAAUAAUAAAUUAAUUAAUUAUA